AUGGUCAAGAAUGAAACAAUUGAUUCUGCUUUUGUUGUGAUCGAUUAUGAUUUACAUCAUUCUGAUUUGAAGCAUGACAAAGAUAAAGCAAAUAAAUGUUGUAUUUAUCAUGCAACACGUGGAAAGAUCAAAUCCAAAGAUUAUUACCAAUAUUCAUUAAAAAAAUUAUCACGUAGUCAAAUUUCAUCCAUUUUAAAAGAAAAUUCAAGUCUUUCAAAAAAAGAUAUUCAACAACGACAUAAAAACUUUCUGAUUGAAUAUCCAACAGGGGAAUUAACAGACGAUGAAUUCGUCGGUGAAUUACAAAAACUAUAUAAAGAUGGAAAUUCUUCAAAUUAUUAUGAUUACUUAUUUGCAACAAACGAUAAAGACAGAAGUGGCACUAUAGGUUUUAGCGAACUUAUGAGCGUUGUCGCUCUUACAUCGAUCGGAAAUGCAGACAACGUUGAAAAACGGCUUUCUUUGAUAUUUCAAAUUAUCGAUAGAAAUGAGAAGAAUGGCAUCAAUUUUCAACAACUUGUCAAGUUUAUUGAAGUUUUCACUGCACUUGUCAAAGGAGAAGCCGCUGUGAAUACGGCUAAUAUAAAAGUUAUUGUCAAACGAAUGUUUAAAAUGUUUAAAAAGAAUGCUGAAGAUGAACAGUUGUCAAAAGAAGAAUUUAUGAAUUGUUGCACACAAAAGUAUAAAGAAAUUGGUUGUGCAUUUUUACCAGACAUUCCAGUUAAUAUUCCUGCUAAUUCUAAAUGGACACAGAACGGAGUGACUAUUGCUGGAGGUCACGGGGGUGGGUAUGCCACUAAUCAACUCCACUGGCCUUAUGGUCUCUUCAUUGAUGAUGAUCAAACAGUGGUUAUUGCUGACUACGGGAAUGAUCGUAUCAUGCAAUGGAAGAACGGUAAUACAACGAAUGGACAAGUUGUUGCUGGUGGUAAAGGCCAAGGAGAUGGAUUACAUCAAUUGGAUCGUCCAACUGAUGUAUUAAUUGACAAAGAGACGGAUAGUCUCAUUAUUUGUGAUCAAAGGAAUGAACGAGUUGUACGGUGGUCUCGUCGUAGUGGUACAACACAAGGUGAAAUACUCAUCGAUAACAUCAAAUGUGAUGGAGUCGCUAUGGAUGAGCAGAGAUAUCUCUACGUUUCUGACUGGGAAAAACAUGAAGUAAGACGAUAUCAAUUGGAUGAGAAGAAUGGCACUCUCGUAGCUGGUGGUAAUGGCAGAGGUGAUGAGCUCAAUCAACUCAACUGGCCGACAUAUCUCUUUGUCGAUCGAGACCAUUCAGUGUACGUAUCAGACAAGCGGAAUCAUCGUGUAAUGAAAUGGGUGGAAGGUGCAAAAGAAGGUAUUGUUGUCGCUGGAGGACAAGGCGCAGGGAAUGCUCUUGCACAAUUGGGUUCUCAUAGUGGAGUCUUCGUUGAUACGUUGGGUACACUCUAUGUAGCAGACGAGGGGAAUCAUCGUGUAAUGCGUUGGACUCAAGAAGACAAGAAACAAGGCACUGUAGUUGUGGGUGGAAAUGGCCGAGGAGCAGGAGCAAAUCAGUUCGUCUUCCCUGUUGGUUUGUCUUUCGAUCGAGAAUGCAAUCUCUAUGUCGUUGAUGCAGGUAAUGCUCGUGUUCAACGAUUUUCUAUCAAAUAA